GGAGGAAAGGAAAUGAGGGUUGUGGCUAUCAGCCUCUUCAAAAUAAAAACUUGCAUUGUGUUGGUUGUCGGUCAUAGUACACUUUUAUGAAAAGUCUUGUCCUCUUGCUUCCCACUCCACAUGGUGCCAUAUCUCAUCUUGAGAUAUUCUCCACAUAUAUCCCUGAUUUUGUUAGAAGCUUCAUUGUUGCUCUUCUUCUCUACCAAAAUAUUAGCAUGUCAUAUUUAAAAGCAAAACUCCCAUUGUUUGGUCACCUAAUGCCCACUUUUGCAUUAUUUCUUAUUCUAUUCCCUGGUGCUUCUCUCGCUAGGCAUCUUUUUAACCAGGACUGCGGCUCUACUUUCUGUGGGAAUUUGAAUAUCAGUUAUCCAUUUCGAUUAAAAAACCAACCUCCUCAAUGUGGCUGUUAUGAACUGGAACUUGCGUGUGAGAAUAACAACCGCACCACUUUGGUUUUGAGAGAAGGGAAAUUCGUUGUCCAAAAUUUUUUUUACGAAAAUAAAACAAUCCAAGUGAUGGAUUCAAAUCUGGAUAAGAAUGAUUGCAACUCCCUUCCUCUUAGUUCCAUAUAUUUCAAGUAUUUAGAUGGACAAUUGUAUUCCGUUUUUCUUCUCCUCAUUAUUAUUCUCAUUCUCAUCAUUAUUAUACUUCUUAUUAUUAUUAUAGUAGAGAGUUAGAGGCUAGCAUUAUGUAUGUUGUGAAUUGCUGAAACCUAUAAAAUCAUCUCAAUAUAUUGAUGCCUCUCGUUGUAUCACCAAAUCCAAUAUCUCUUUUCCUCCAACUUUCUUCUAUUUUUUAGACAGAAAUACAGUGCAGAAUCUCAAUCAAGCUUGCACCGUGGAAGCGGAAGUUCCAAUUAUGGUUAAAAGUAUAUCAGGCAUGCCUACGUUGGCUAUCUACAAUAAGCUAUCUCAGGGUUUUUACCUUUCAUGGUAUGAGAACCCAUACUUGGAACUUUCUGGAUUGCGAUAUGUGAUGUUUUGCUUUGGACUUUGUCUUAAUGAAAUUGGUUUUUCCAUCAUACUGAGGCUCUUCUUUGGGAUACCUUGUUUGCUUGUGCUUGUAAUAUAUAAAUGGAGAAGAAGACAUUUAUCUAUAGAUGAUAAAAUUGAAGAGUUCCUUCAAAGCCACGAUCUAGCUCCAAUUAGAUACUCUUUCAAAGAAGUUAAAAAAAUGACUAAAAAUUUUAAAGAUAAAUUAGGUGAAGGGGGUUAUGGGUCGGUGUUUAAAGGAAAGCUUUGUAGUGGACAUCAUGUGGCAAUAAAAUUGUUGUGCACAUCAAAGGGUAAAGGCCAAGAUUUCAUCAAUGAAGUUGCUUCUAUUGGAAGAAUUCAUCAUGCUAAUGUGACAAAACUUAUUGGAUUUUGUGUGGAGGGAUCAAAACAAGCUCUCGUGUAUGAUUUCAUGUCAAAUGGAUCGUUAGAUAAAAUCAUAUUUUCUAAAGAAAAAAAUAACACUUUAGAUUGGAAAAAACUAUUUGAUAUUGUGCUUGGGGUUGCUCGAGGAAUCGACUACUUUCAUCACGGAUGUGACAUGCAAAUUUUACAUUUUGAUAUCAAGCCACACAACAUUCUUCUGGACGAGAACUUUAACCCAAAAGUUUCAGAUUUUGGUCUUGCUAAGUUGUACUCAGCAAAUGAGAGCAUUGUCUCUCUCACUACAGCACGAGGAACAAUAGGAUAUAUUGCUCCUGAAUUGGUUUACAAAAAUCUUGAAGGCAUUUCAUACAAAGCUGAUGUUUACAGUUUUGGAAUGUUGGUGAUGGAAAUGGUUGGAAGGAGAAAGAAUUUUAAUGCAUUUGUUGACCACACUAGCCAAAAAUAUUUUCCAUCUUGGAUUUAUGACCAGUUAGAUCAAGGAGAAGACAUAGAGUUGGAAGAUGUUUCUAAUGAUGAAAAAGUACUGAUAAGGAAGAUGAUAAUAACAGCCUUUUGGUGUAUACAAUUAUUGCCUUCUGAUCGUCCUUCAAUGAAUGAAGUGUUGAAGAUGCUUGAAUCUAAUGUUGAACUCCUUGAGAUGCCUCUAAAGCCAUUUCAUCAACUUCCUCUUGAAACAUCAAUGGAGGUUCAUAGCUGUAAAAACUCUAAUGAUGAGGAAAGUAGGUCGUUGGAUGUUGUUACUAUAACCAGUUUUAAUGUUGUUUAAGAUUGGAAACAUUUCCUGUCAUUACCUUACCAUUGUAGCUUUAUAUAAUUUUUUUCCCUUCAUAUGUAUUAGUGUCUUGAUGUGUAUUUCAUAUAAAUCUUGUUUUGAUGUUUAAAUAAAUAAUAUUGAAGUGAUAUUUUGUAGGAUUGUUGAGCUCCUUCACAAAUAA